UCAAAACUUCGUAAUCUGUGUUUAUAAAUUAAUGGUGUGGGUAGAAAAAAAUCACCCUACCUGGUUUUAACACGUUGCACACACAUCAUGGGUGCUUUUAAAAGUGAUACAAUAAAUAGAGGGAGUAUUAUUAAAAAAUAAACAAUUUAAUUAUUGAAAUAUAAAAUAUUAUAUAUAAAUAUAUAUAUAUAAUAAUAAAAACACAAAAUGGAUUUACAUAUAAUGCCAAAUAAAAGUGAAGAGGAGAUGACGCCGGAGGAACGAAGUAGAGCUGAACAUAUCAUGGCACAUAAAUUACAUCAAGGCCAUGAAAAGAUGCAUGCAGAGAUGCUUUUUAUAUUAUUAGUGACUUUAAUUAUUUUCCAAAUAUCACUAGUAGCAUGGAAAAAAAGGCAUUUCAGAUCGUAUCAGCUCGUUACAUUAAUAGCAAUAUGGAUUAUACCGUUGGGAAUGAGUUUGCGGAAUUAUUGGUGGAGGUUUAUCUUUUCUUGGUUACUUUUUUCAUGUGUUACAGCAUUGGUUGUUAGAAAAGCUCUACAAAAGCCUAUCCAAGGCACCACUCCAAGAUUAGUCUAUAAAUGGUUUUACUUCAUUUACCGGUUAAGCUAUGUCCUAGGAAUAAUUGGAUAUGUCGUAGUUUUAGCGACAUUUUUUGGAUUAAAUCUAGUCUUUAAUGCUAAAGCAUCAGCAUGGAUGGACUGUGGAUUAUUAUUUUUAUUCUAUGGACUCUAUUUUGGAGUACUAGGCCGAGAUAUUGCUGAAAUUUGUGCUGAUAAAAUGGCUUCACAUAUUGGAUAUUAUGCACCUGGAAGCAUGCCCACAAGGACACUAGACCCAGGAGUCUGUGCAGUUUGUGGAAAUAAAAUUUUAGUUUCUGAACACGAGGAAGGAGUUAUUGAGAAUACUUAUAAACUAAGCUGUGAGCAUGUUUUCCAUGAAUUCUGCAUACGUGGUUGGUGUAUUGUUGGAAAGAAACAAACCUGUCCUUAUUGUAAGGAAAAGGUUGACUUGAAGAAGAUGUUUUGCAACCCAUGGGAACGACCUCAUGUACUCUAUGGUCAAUUAUUGGACUGGAUUGGAUGGCUCGUUGCUUGGCAGCCUUUAAUUUUAUUCUUAGUUCAAGGUAUCAAUUGGAUGUUUGGUCUUGACUUUUCAGAAUCACGGGAGUCAAACAUAAAGUCAACAUAACAAUCAAUUCAAUAAAAGAGCAAUACUGAAUAAUAAAUCCUUAUAUGUUUGGUAAAAUGUUAAUAAAUAUUUAUUAAUUUUAUUUAAGUUAAGUAAUUGUAAUAAAUAAUAAACAAUAA